UUUUCGACCAAGUUAUGAAUUUGCGCCGUUAUGGCCGCGCGCCGUUUUGGGCUGUUCCGAUAGCAGAAACAAGGCAAUUAAAAACUUUAAAUAUUUCAAUUACUCGUGAUCAAAAUAUGAGUGACCAUUUUGCUUUUGAUCGAAAGAAAAUGCAUAAAGCUUUACACGAUGAAAUAUCAACUUAUGAAAAUAUAAUUAAUGCAAUGGUGUUUUUAUUAGAUUCUGUUUCUAUUGCUAUGAUAUUCUUUACACCUUUUAUGGCAACUUUGUAUGUUAGAAGAUUUAAUACUGGGGAAGCUAUUGAUAAUUUUUAUGUUACCCCAAAUUUUAUUGAAAUUGAUCGUGCUCGAGCUCUAAAUGGUUUACCUACAUUAUUACCAUUUCAACCAAUAGAAAGGAAAAGCAUAAUUUAUACUUGUACUCGCCGUUUAAUGUUUAAAGAAUGGGUACUUUUUUGUGUUUAUCAUUUAUUUCUUAUGAUGUCUGUUGUCCCAAUUACUUGUUUUAUUAUUGUUGAUAUUUUUGUUUAUCGAAUUCUUCGAAGAGUUUUUAUAUUUUUGGGGCAAGAUUUUACAACUUUUGCCGUUCCAAAUAUUUACACAAUUAAAAUAACCGGAAAAGGAUUUUUAAAUGAUUUAUUACGAAAUAUUCUAAAAACUUUUGAACCCUUAACUGAUAAGGAACAACGCGAUGAUCUUUGGAGACAUUGUUUUAAACAGCCAAUACAGCCUAGAUAUGAUAUUUUUUGGUUUAUGUUUAUUAUUUAUAUUGUCUCUGUUUUGUUAAUGUUUUUACAGAUUUAUAUGCGUCGAACAAGACAUAUUAUAGCAACACAUUUUUAUCCGGAUAGAGCCCAACCGCGAGCAUUACAUUUAUACAACAAAGUUCUAGAAGAGAGAAUGAGGAGGUGGGGAAUGUUGGCUGAUAUACAAAAAGCAAAAUUUAAUGAAGAUGUUGGAGAUAAAGAAAAAUCCCUUCUCCUCAAAGGAAUGUCUGUCCUAGCCGAAGACAAGCAACGCUGCUGUAGAUGUGCCCGAACAGAUCUUUGUGUGGAGGAUAUUGAAAAUAUUCGUGUCUGUUCUGGAUGUUAUGCCAUUUAUUGUGUGGAUUGUUUUACUGUUAGAAAGCGCUGUUUUAAGAAAGGCUGCAGUUCUCUAUUAAUGCAAAUUGUUGAUAAUGUAGAUUUUUAUGUUGACAGUAGUUUAGAUGAAGACGAAUCUGAGGAGGAUGAAGAGGAGAAAUAUGAAAUUGUGGAUACGGAAGUUGAAAUGGAAGAAGAUAAAGUUAGGGAAUAUGACAGGGAAAGCUUGGAAGGGAAGGAAGAAGAAAUUGGGAAAAUGGAAGGGACAAAAGAGGAUAAAAAGGAAGAGAAAAAAGAAGAAGAGGAUAAAACGAUGGAAGGAACAAGGAAUGAAGAGAAAAAAGAAGAAACGGAAGAAGAAGAGGAUAAAAAAACGAGGGAGGAGGAGGACAGUCAAAUGAAAAAGGAGGAAGAAAGGGAAGAAGAGGAAAUUAGUUUGUAUAAUAUUUAG